AUGUUAAUGGCUCGCUGGAAGGACGGGGUGCAUGUCUCUUCGCGAGGGAAUUCCGACACCUCCCUGCCCUGUGACGCCUGUGCAGAGAAGGCAGCCUCGCGUGCAGGCUCCCGCGCGGGCUCCCGGGCAGCAUCCGAGGCUGGGGACGAUCUCGCCUCCACGGGCUGGUCCUCCGUGGACCAGAGGAGCAUGGGGAGCAGCGGGGAGGGGGUGGAGGAGUACAUGGACGACCCCUUUGAGGCCAGCAUUGAGGGCCUGUAUGAGAAAAGGACGACGACCCGAGAGGGCAGCCUCACCAAGCUGGUGGCCUUGCUCUCCUCCCAAUGGCAGUACGAGGAGUGCGCACUGCGGGAGGAGACCCUGUUCCAGCUCUUCCUGCGCUCCCUGCGGCGGGGCAAGGGCGCGGAGGCGCGGCUGGGGGCCCGCGCGCUGGGCCUGCACGCCAUCACGCUGGGUGCUGGCCCCGCCGUGGAGCGCAUGCAUGCCGAGGCCCUGCCCGUGCUGGAGCCCAUUGCGCUGACGGGUCAGGGGCCCGAGCGCUGCUCCGCGAUCGACGCGCUGAGCAUGCUGUGCUUCGUGGGCGCGGAGGGGCCGCCGGAGACGCUGGCCUGCAUGGACAUCCUGGCCCGGGUCUUCUCCACGUCCUCUUGUCCAGAGGCGGUGCAGGCCACGGCCGUCAGGGCAUGGACCCUGCUGCUGACCACCGUCCCCGCCUGGCACCUGGAGGCGGGCUGGGUGGAGGCACGGCUGGCCACGCUGGGCGCGCUGCUCCACGCCCCCUCGGUGGCAGUGCGUGCCUCGGCGGGCGAGGCGGUGUCCCUGCUCUACUCCACCUGCGGCCUGGCGUCCCUUGCGGAUGCGGGGCAGCAGGGGCCCGCCGCGGCACCUGCCACGCCAGCGUCCCCGGGGUCCAGGCCGCCGCGCCCCAGACCCGGGGGGACCCCCCGGCCGGGCGGCGGGACGGAGGGCGAGGAGCCGCCCACCACGCCCGGGGUGGAUCUGGGGCCUAGGGUCAAUGGCAAGAGCGUCAGCUACUCUGCCGACAUCCGAGCGGAGCCGUCCAGUGGGGAGGAGGAAAGCAGAGCGGAGGGCACCUCCUACUCUGCCAAAACGGUGGAGCGCCUGGAGGACAUCACCGCCAGGAUCCAGGAUCUGACCACCAACCGCGGCGACGCGUCCCGUCGAAGCCAGAAGGAAAGGGCGGAACUGCGUACCACAUUCCGUAGCAUCCUCACGUCCAUCGAGGGUCAGACAGCUUUGCCCACCCAGAAGAUUAAGUUGCGGCAUGGUGAUGUCCUGCUGGUAAACAGCCUCACGGCUGUGCUGCGGCUGAAUGCCUUCCGGCGCUUCCUUGCCGAGGGCUUCCAGGCCCACAUGCAGGACAACCCCCUCCUGCACGAGGUCUUCAAUUUCCACCCCAGACAGGAGGCCGCAGACCGCCUGACCGCCCUGGAGAAGCGCCUGUAUCGCUCCCCCGCCUCCGCCGAGAGCAAGGCUCGUGCGCAGGACAGGAGGAGGGAGCGGGAGCUCAUGGCGUCCUACAAGGGCUCCAUGCUGAGCAUGGAGUAG